UCUCUCACUGAGCUCUUCCUCUUCGUCCACCAGGACUGUCUGACGCUUCCUCUCAGUCGGAGAGGAGCAUUUCAGAAGUCCUGCCCCCCUCUUUGUGCAUCAUGGACACUUUUUUCCGCCGUCACUUUAAGAGGAAGGAAUCUGCUCUACAGGUGGAUGCAGAAGGUAAAAACAUCCAGCGGAGGCCCAGUGUGGCCGUCCCAACCAGCAAAGCCCGCCGGAGAUCCAGCGUGGGGCUGCCCUCCUCUACCCUGACCCAGAGACGGCGCUCGAGCGUCCAGCUGCCAGGGGGGGUGCCAAGUGCAGGAGGGGGGCGUCUGGCCAAGUCAUUCAGAGACAAAAGGUGGUCAGGACACACUCGCAGGCGCUCCAGCACCACCACCCCCAACCACAACCCGAGGUUCGCCGUGUGCAGGAAGAAGGUGGGGAAGCUGCGGACCAUCGACACCCACCUGCUGGGGCCGUCCAUGCUGCUGGCCAGUCUCAUCCAGAUGGCUGAGGAGGAGGAGGAGGAAGAGGAGGGCAUCGGGGCGGGGCUACUGGCUGGAGAACAGCAGGUGGAGGUUAGGGGCGGGGUCAACAACAGAAGGAGGAUGUUUUCACGCUCCAGCAGCCUCCACUCAGACGGAGAUGAAGACAUCAGCGAUUAUUCAACCGCCAACAACAGCCAAUCAGAGGAGAGCCAGCUGUCUGAGGCGGAGCAGGUGGCCGAGGAGGGCGACAACACCUCCCAAUCUCCUGAUCUGGAAUUCUCCUCCUCCCCCGCCCUGGAGGUGAUCAGAAAAACUCCCCAGCCUCCAUCAUCGUCCAGGCCCCUGAUCCGGGCCCCACGAUGCCUCCGGAGGAACUCCUCUCAGGUGUAUUUGGGCGACUCUGCUCCUUACAGCCGCCGCCGCGCCUCCAGCCAGAGGAAGAGGAGGAGGAUUUCCACCAUCUCCAAAGCUGGGAGCCCCUGGCCCGGGAGAGGCCCCCCGCUGCCCUGCCGCAAGAGCUCAGUGUACUACUUUAACCACCCGGGCUUCUACAGGGGCCCCGGGGCCCUGAGCCCACUGGGAGCCCACGGCUACGACGCACACCUGGAGAGCUGGAGUAGCUUCCUGCUGAAAGCUUUGGCGAAGUCUGGCCUGCAGAACGUGGGGACGCAGCCAAACGUGUUGACCUCCGGAGAGAGCGACCCUCUGCAGGAACCAAACAGCAGCGUGGACUGGAGCGAUAAUGCUCAGUUCGGGGACCACAUCUGGUUUGAGACCAGUGGCUCUGGAGACUUCUGUUACGUUGGAGAGCAAUACUGCAUCGCUAAGUCACUGCAAAAGUCGGUGGUGAGGAAGAAAUGUGCUGGCUGUAAGAUCUCUGUUCACACCAUGUGUAUGGAGCAGCUGGAGAAGAUUAAUUUCAGGUGCAAGCCGUCGUUUAGGGAGCCAGGAUCCAGAGCUGUUCGAGAGCCCAACAUGGUGCGACACCACUGGGUCCACAGGAGGCGUCAGACAGGGAAGUGUCGACAGUGUGGGAAGGGAUUCCAACAGAAGUUUUCAUUUCACAGCAAAGAGAUCGUCGCCAUCAGCUGCUCGUGGUGCAAACAGGCCUACCACAACAAGGUGACGUGCUUCAUGCUGCAGCAGAUCGAGGAGUGCUGCUCUCUUGGAGCUCACGCCGCCGUCAUCAUCCCUCCUACCUGGAUCAUCAGAGUCCGCAGAACACAGACGUCUCUAAAGUCGAGUAAAAAGAAGAAAAGGACGUCGCUGAAGUGCAACAAGUCAAGCAAGAAGGGAGCAGAGGUCCAAGAUGGCCGCUGGAAGCCCUUCCUGGUGAAGCCCCUCCCCUCUCAGCUCAUGAAGCCUCUGCUGGUGUUUGUUAACCCAAAGAGUGGAGGGAACCAGGGAGCGAAGAUCAUCCAGUCCUUCAUGUGGUACCUGAACCCUCGACAGGUGUUUGACCUGACGAAGGGAGGACCCAAAGAGGGGUUGGAGCUGUAUGCCAAAGUGCCCAACCUGAGGAUCCUGGCCUGUGGGGGAGACGGGACGGUGGGCUGGAUCUUGUCAGUGUUGGACCAGUUGAAGCUCCGCCCUCAGCCCCCCGUGGGAAUCCUUCCUCUGGGGACGGGGAACGACCUCGCCAGGACCUUGAACUGGGGAGGGGGUUACACUGAUGAACCGAUCACAAAGAUCCUCUCUCACGUCGAAGAUGGAAACAUCGUCCAGCUGGACCGUUGGAACCUGAACGUGGAGGCGAACCCAGAGGCUCGACCGGAAGACCAGGACGAACACCAAACAGACAAGCUUCCCAUCGAUGUCUUCAACAACUACUUCAGUCUGGGCUUCGACGCUCACGUCACACUGGGCUUCCAUGAAUCCAGAGAGGCAAAUCCAGAGAAGUUCAACAGUCGCUUCAGGAACAAGAUGUUCUACGCAGGGACGGCCUUCUCAGAUUUCCUCAGCGGGAGUUCCAAAGACCUCGCCAAGCACAUCAAAGUUGUGUGUGACGGGACAGAUCUGACUGCCAAAGUCCAGGAGAUGAAGCUUCAGUGUCUCCUCUUCCUCAACAUCCCCAGGUACUGUGCUGGCACGACACCGUGGGGUCAUCCUAGUGAGCACCAGGACUUUGAACCUCAGCGCCAUGACGACGGCUGCAUCGAGGUCAUCGGAUUCACCAUGACCAGUCUGGCCACACUGCAGGUGGGAGGUCACGGCGAGCGUCUCCAUCAGUGUAAAGAGGUGACCCUCACCACCUUUAAGUCCAUCCCCAUGCAGGUGGACGGGGAGCCGUGUAAACUGGCCCCCUCCAUCAUCAACAUCAACCUGAGGAACCAGGCCAACAUGGUGCAGAAGGCCAAGAGGAGGAUCUCCAUGCCUCACCUGAACGACCAGCAGCCCGUCCCUGAGAAGCUGCAGAUCAGAGUGAACAGGAUCAGCAUGGCGGCGUAUGAAGCUCUGCACUACGACAAAGACCAGCUGAAAGAAGCCUCAACGCCGCUUGGUGUGAUCACCGUCCCUGGAGACAGCGACCUGGAGACCUGCCGCUUACUGAUCGAACGUCUCCACGACGACCUGGACCAGGACGGCGAGGAGAUGAAGGGAGAGUGUGUGACCUCUCAGAGACUCUCCAUGAAGUGGUGUUUCCUCGACUGUACGACUGCGGACCGUUUCUACAGGAUCGACCGCGCUCAGGAACACCUGAACUACGUGACGGAGAUCUCUCAAGACGAGCUCUACAUCCUGGACCCGGAGCUGGUCGCCAAGGAGACGGUGGGCACGUCCCCCGGGAUGCCCGACCUGGUGGACUCUGAGGGACACCAAGAGCAGCAGAGACAGUUUGCCUUCCCCUGCUCCCCGUCCUCCCCCACCUCCUCCACCACGCCCACCACGUCCACCACGUCCACCACGCCCAGGGUGAGAGAGUUUCAGAGGAAGAGGAUCUCCAGUGACAGCUCUGUGGCCGACGCUCUGUCUGAGAGCUCCUCAAAGACUGCCCUCUGCAGGAGAGGAGCAAAGAUCAUAAAUGUUCAUCGCUCCAACACAACGCUCGCUGAUUUCAGACCCAUCAUUAGUCCUUCCAGUGCUACCUCACACGACCCUGAAAAAGAUGCAGAAUUAAUAAACUGCAUUAAGACUGAAGACCUGAACAGACUGACGGAGCUCCACCAACAGGGGGCGGACCUCCUUCUGCAGGACCCUGCCGGCUGCACGCUGCUGCAUCACGCCGUGGAGGCCGGCAGCAAAGACAUCCUCAAGUACCUCGUCGACAACGUUCCCACUUCUCAUCUGGACGUAACAGAGAGAGAGACAGGUGAAACGGCGCUCCAUAAAGCUGCCUCCUCCUGUCAGAGGAGCAUCUGUCACUACCUGGUGGAGGCCGGGGCGUCGCUCAUGAAGACAGACCUGCAGGGUGAAACUCCCAAACAGUGUGCUGAGAAGGCCGACGACCAGGAACUGUCUGAAUAUCUGGAGAACCGCCAACAUUACCAGAUGAUCCAGAGAGAAGACCAGGAGACGGCGGUCUAGAGUCCCCCCUGUACGUCCACACCUUCUGUCUGUCUCUGGCUUUCAUUUCAGCGACAUCUGUUCCCAUCAAAAGUCUGCUUUGAUCUCCAUCAGAUAGGGAUUCUUCCUCGAUGAAGGUAGACACACUAACACGAGUAAUCCAGCACACAUCAGGAUCGUUCAGAUUGACUUUAAAGUUUUUCUCAUCGCGGCUUCAAGUGAAGACGACCUGAAGAAGCAACCAUGCGAGACGCGUUGUUCUAUGUUUUAUAUGCAUUCAAACUUUGAAGUCAAUCUGAACAUUCCUGAUGUGCGCUGGAUGACUCUGAUCUUAAAGCCUCUAGCUGAACCCCGGAUCAGAAGCACGGCCGUGCACAGGGAACCCAAACCAUCGAUCCUCAAACUCUGGAUUAUUUUCACUUUAAUCCCCAAGCUGCUUUCUUCGACCGGAGAUGACGAUUUGCUGUGGAUUAAGUCUAGUUUGUGGUCUUUUUUUUUAAAAAACGCCUCAGUCCUCUGCUGGAGUCCAAACUAAAGAACAUAAAACCCUCUGGACACUAACGUGAUUCAAACUUCUCUUCAGGCCACAGAGACUCUCAGAUCUCCUUCAAACUGCUUUUUGAAUGUGUCUUUAUCGACUGGACGUCAGCGCCCUGACCUCUGUGUUCAUGACAAAGACGUGUGAACACAAAGUGCUGCUGGAGUGAAACAACAGCAGCUUUGAGCAAACAGGGACUGUAUUCAUGCGUCUGCAGCUGAACACCAUGGAACUAGAAGCUUCUGCCAUAUCAGAUAGAGCGGCUGCAAAAACGUGUCUUCUUACAAGCUUAUAGUGACCUUUUGGAUGUAUUUGUUUACUCCGCAGAAAUAAGUGUUUGUUCAGACUUUGGAUAUUUAACUAAGACACAUGAAUUUAUCUAUUUAUGAAUUAUUUGUAGAGAUAAAAACAAGUUUCACUUGUGAUUAAACAGAGAAGCGAGUUGUCCUCUGCUUCAGUCUGAAUUUUAGAUAUUUCAGUCAAUAUAUGAGAAUUUUUUGUAAUGUUUUUGUCUGUUACAUAACUUAAACGCUGUCAGCAGGAUGCUUUCAUUGUGAUGUGUAUCGACUGUAUAAAUAGCUGAGACGUGUUGGACACAAGCUGAAGCCUGAUUCUGCCAAAGCGGCCUAGUCUGUAUUAAUUAUAAUAACAUAGCCUUCAGAGUGACAUUGUACUGUCUGAUAUCAGAGUAAUAACUCUUUUUGUCUGGUUUGAUCAUUUCCGAGUGACCUGCAAUAAAGCAUGUCAGUUACAGCUUC